UGAGAUGACUAUAUCAAAUUAGAUGUGUAACUAUGUCAAAAUUCUUGAAGUCUUUUCAUAAUGUAAAUUGGAUCGAGAUAAGAAGAAUUUCUAUAUAUGAGGGAAGAAAUGGACAGAGAACUGCAAGCGUCAUUCCAUCUACACAAAAUGAUAAAAAGGUGACAAAUGACCAUCGUGAAGCAUUCAGGCAUGCAAAAAUAGGGGAUUUUUUUCAGGAUCAACCCGUUCUUCAUAACCCUUAUACAACGGACACUCUUUUAAAAUCGUUUCUGAAGAAGAAUAUUCCAGAAAAUCAUUUCAAAGUGAUUGAGGAUGAUUUGAUUAGGUUCGGAGAUCGGAUUUGCACAGAAAUCCAUGAAAAAGGUUUAGAAUGUGAAAGGAAUCCACCUACACUGACUCAGUAUGAUGCGUGGGGUAGAAGAAUUGAUCAACUCAAUACAUGUGAUGCCUGGAAAUCGAUGAAAACGGUUUCUGCUGAAGAAGGAAUGAUUGCUAUUGGAUAUGAAAGAAAUUAUGGAGAAUAUAGUCGAUUAUAUCAAAUGGCAAAAUUAUUUUUGUUUGGUGCAUCAUCUGGUUUGUAUUCUUGUCCACUUGCAAUGACUGAUGGAGCUGCUAAAGUACUGGAAUCAUCGAUAAAUGAUGUGGCAAAUAAUGAUGGAGUAUUUGGAAAUGCAUAUAGGAGAUUAACGUCUCGAAACCCUGAUUUGUUUUGGACAUCUGGUCAAUGGAUGACUGAAAGAGGAGGGGGAUCUGAUGUUGCAAAUGGAACAGAAACAGUUGCUUGUAGGCAAUCAGAUGGAACUUUUACAUUACAUGGAUACAAAUGGUUUUCUUCAGCCACAGAUGCUGAUAUUGCAUUCACGCUUGCAAGAAUAAUUGAUGAAAAUGGUGACAUAAAACAAGGAUCAAAAGGUUUAUCAUUGUUUUUCCUUGAAACAAGAGAUUCAAAAGAUAAGAAAUUAGAUUCAGGAUUAAAUGGAAUUCAAGUACAAAGACUCAAAGAUAAACUUGGAACUAGGCAACUACCUACUGCUGAAUUAUUACUGGAUGGAACGGUUGCACAUCAGAUUGGUGAUGAAUCCCAUGGUGUUCGUCAUAUUUCUGAUAUGUUGACGAUAACAAGAAUAUAUAAUUGUUUGAUGGGAAUUUCCGGGAUGAAACGAUUACUUCAACUUGCUGUUGAUUAUUCCUGCAGAAGAACUGCCUUCGGAUCAAAAUUAUGUGACAAUACACUUCAUGUUCAAACACUUGCAAGAAUUGAUAUUGAAACAAGAGCAGCGUUUUUGAUGACAUUUGAAAUAAUUCGAUUGCUUGGACUUGAAGAAGCAGGAAUCGCAACAAAUCAAGAUUUGGCUUUGAUAAGGAUCCUUACACCAGUGUGCAAAUUAUACACAGCAAAGCAGGCAUUAGAUGUUUCAACGGAAGGUUUGGAAUGCUUUGGUGGUAUGGGUUAUCUGGAGGACUCAGGUCUUCCAAGGCAUUUGCGGGAUGCUCAAGUAUUAAGUAUAUGGGAAGGCACAACUAAUAUUCUAUCAAUGGACGUGCUACGAGCAAUAGAAAAAUCCGAUGGCAAGGUGUUGACAGAUUUCUUUUCAAGAGUGGAAAAAAUAGUAAACUCUGUGAAAAACUCAGAGAAAUCGUAUUUGUCGGAACCCAUCAAAAAUGUAGAAUCUGCAAUUAAAGAUUUAUCAGCAUUUGUACUUGAAAUGCAGAAAAAAGCUGACCAAUCUGAGAUAGUAGUUGCAGCGAGAGAUAUGUCAUACAGUAUAUCAAAAAUUUUUAUGGCAGCACUACUUCUGGAGCAUGCAAUCUGGGAAAGAUCUGACAAAACGGAUAUAUAUGCUGCAAAACGGUGGUGCUCUCAAGAUUUGUGUCCUGUUAUGACAAAUUACAAAUCUGGAUUCUAUGAUAAAGAUUCUUCUGGCGUUGAAAAACUUCUUGUUUAUGCUUCCUAUCCCGAAGACAUUUAAUUCCAUGACAAUUUAUUCCAAUUGUAACAGCAUGUAAUUUUUACGAUUGUUUUUUUGUGUGUAUUUUGUUAUGAUUCUGCUUAAUCAGUGGCAUGCCAAACUUCUCGGCUGCCCUGGGCGAGUUUCUGAUAAUGCUGCCCUUUAUACCUAACUUAAAAAUUAAUUUGGAGAUAAACAAAUUCUAUAUGUUGUUAUACAUGGGUAUAAAUAAUCGGCCAAUGUAGAGUAAAAUGCUCAUAAUAUUAUUAUUUAAAUCAUCAUACUAAGCAGCAAAUUCACCCCUAUAACGUCAUGCGCGAGGCGGCUGCCCCUUUACCCCUCCCCCUCAAGACACAUACGCCACUGUGCUUACUGAAUAUAAUUGGAUUUGAAUUAGAUCUAUGAAUCGCUUUGUUAACUUUUUCUUAAACAAAAAAUGCUUUUCUUUAGCAACCUCUACCUCCUUAUCAUGCAGUGUUUUUGAAUAAUACCAGUGUUAUCUUCUUUUACACAAUUUCAUAUAUGCUUCAAGAGAAGAAAGAUAACAGCCAGUUUAAUCAAUUGUGGGCCAAGGUCAUUCAUCCAGUCAUGUUUCAGAGUUGGUGUGAGAUAGUUAUCAGUUGAAUUUGUUUGUGAAUGGCGCCCAAAGGGAUUAGUGGUUUCAUUAAUCUCUCUGCAACGUUCUUUGAAUCGCCAGCAACGUGAAUUUCAAAAUCUGAGCAGUUUGCUCCCACUUGUGACAGAGAAGAUGCAUAUACUACCAGACCGGUUAAAAAUCAUUUUUGUCCAUGUGUGGUAUUCGUAUAUCUAUUUUCUGUAUAUUGGCAAAGCUCACAUUAGUUUGGUACUUAUAUUUUCUUAGUAUUUGUAAAAAUUCAGGGAAUAAUUUAACUAGUAAUUUUUCAUGUAUGUCAUAAUUUCACCAUGCCCUUACUAUUGUACUAUUGAUCUUUUUUUUGUAAUAAUCGAAAGUAUGGAAAUUGACUGUCUGCUUGGCUUCCAAGUUCUGCUAUUCUAUGACUCCAAAGAGUUAUUAACAGAAUUUUCAUAACUUUCUUUUCUUUCUGUUCAAUGCGGAGAUAAUUAUGUGAUUUUGAUGCUGGAUGUAACUACAGGA